UGAGCUCAGCGGGGCUGCUGCCUGCGUGUGGCUUUCGUAAACCCCCGCCCUCGGCCUGAGGGCAGGUCACCGGGCCGCCGUCCUUCCCCUCGCCUCCAGGAGGGCUGCGGAAGAUACUGGCGGGAGAGGUAAUGCCCUGCCCCGGGCUCCCUGCGCUCGCAGCCGGCUUGUGCCGCGCGGUCAGGGGAAACGACCUCCAAACCUCGCGGUGCAGGAAGGGUUUGAUGGGCUUUCCUGUCGGCUUGUACCCUCUCCCACACUGGGAAGUGUUGGGAAGAAUACUGAAAUCCUGAGUUUAGAACAGAUGGAAGGGAGGGAAAAGCAGACAGAUGCUUGUGAGUGCCCCAUGGCUGAAGCUGCCUCAGUUCAUUCAUUUAUUGCCUAUUGUAAUUUGGAAACAUUCUUUAGGUCAGUUCAUCUUCUGGGACCCGUCCCUGCUUUCUGGUUAAAGAAUCCAUGCACACAUACAGGAUGACUCAACAGUGGGAUGGAUGUUCAGAUACCAGAAUGGUGCUGGUAACUUGACAGGACCUUCCACAUUCUUUGGAGAGACCUACUGUACGUGAGACCUUUCAGAAAACUGUGCAGUUUGAAUACAUUGGAUCAUUCCAGUACCUGAAACUUUCACAAUGAAGAGAGCUAGACAGGAAGUUGUGGUUGAAAAUGAAGCUCCUCAAACAUCACAGAGAAGCAAAAAACAGAAAUCUUGUUUAUAUGGUUCAGUGUUUGGUAAAUCUGACUUACAUGCCUCAGUGGACUGGGGAAGCCUUCCGCACCAUAUUAUUCUGCAUAUUUUUCAGUUUCUGUCUUUAGUAGAUCGAGCCAGGGCAUCUUCUGUUUGUCGAAGGUGGAAUGAAAUCUUUCAUAUCCCGGAUCUCUGGAGGAAAUUUGAAUUUGAACUUAGCCAGCCAGCUACUUCUUACUUAAAGUCUACACAUCCUGAUCUCAUUCAGCAGAUUAUCAAGAGGCAUGCUGAUCAUCUGCAGUACGUCAGCUUCAAGGUCGACAGUAGUACUGAGUCAGCAGAAGCAGCCUGUGACAUCCUUUCUCAAUUAGUGAACUGUUCUAUAAAGACACUGGGUUUGAUUUCUACUGCAAAACCAAGCUUCAUGAAUGUCUCUAAGGCUCAUUUUGCUUCAGCACUGACAGUAGUUUUUGUAAACUCCAAGUCAUUAUCAUCAAUCAAGAUAGAUGAUACACCGCUUGAUGAUCCUUCCUUGAAGGUUCUUGUUGCUAACAAUAGUGAUACUCUAAAACUGCUAAAAAUGAGCAGCUGUCCUCAUGUAUCACCUGCUGGAAUUCUUUGUGUUGCUGACCAGUGUCAUGGACUUAAAGAGCUGGCUUUGAACUACUACAUAUUAAGUGAUGAACUACUGCUGGCCCUUUCAAGUGAAAAACAUGUUGAUCUUGAACACCUUCGCAUAGAUGUUGUGAGUGAAAAUCCCGGACAAGCUGAAUUUCACACUAUUAAAAAGCAAAGCUGGGAUGCUCUUGUUAAACACUCCCCCAAAGUCAAUAUUGUGAUGUAUUUCUUCUUAUAUGAAGAAGAAUUUGAUGCUUUCUUCAGAGAGGAAACCCCUGUCACCCACGUUUACUUUGGUCGUGCAGUAAGCAAAGCAAUGUUAGGUCGUAUCGGCAUGAAUUGCCCAAGGUUGAUUGAGUUGGUUGUGUGUGCUAAUGGACUUCAACCUUUGGAUGACGAACUUAUUCGGAUUGCUGAGCGCUGUAAGAACUUAACAGCAAUGGGACUUGGUGAAUGUGAAGUAACUUGCAGAGGUUUUAUUGAAUUUGUAAAAAUGUGUGGGGGCAGGCUUACCCAGCUUUCUAUAAUGGAGGAGGUACUGAUUCCAGAUAAUGAUUAUAGCUUGGAUCGACUUCAUUUGGAAGUCUCCAAGCACCUUGGAAGAAUGUGGUUUCCUGAUAUGAUGCCAACAUGGUAAAUUCUCUAUAUCUGCGGAUAAAAUGGUAGAAAUGGGGUGUUGCUUUCUAUGCAAAUAAAGAAUUUAAAAAUGAAAUGUGAAAACUUACUUCCAGAUUUGAGUUUUUCUACUUUGAGGACCUCUAAUAGUGUAACAACAAAACAUUCUAGAUUGUCAAUGUUAUAUUGAAAUAGAAAACAAAAGUGUGAAGUACGCUUAAUCUGAAAGUCUGUCUGUAGUUUACAGAUAAACUUCAGUGAACUUGGCCUGCUCUGAGCUUCAGUUUAAAUGUUCCAUUCACAUUCAAGUUUUUUGCUUUCUGUUUUUUUUUCAUGUCUUUGUUUAGUCUUUUCAGUGUAGUCAGAAGAGGACUAGAGAAACUUUUUUACUUUAACAAUCUAUGGGAAGCUGGAUACAACUUGGAAUUCAGUAUUAUUUGUCAUAAUGUUUUACGCAGCUAUUUUUCAAAAUACUCAUGUUAUAAAUGUAAAAGCUUUACAUUAAAAUACUUGCACUAGCCCAGGUUAUUCAGAUAUAAUCUAGUUUAAACCCAUGCCAGUAUAUUAAAAUGCUGUGGUUAAUAAACCUAUGCUUACAAAAAGUCCCAGUUUUACAUUGCACUUUAAAUAAUUUUGUCAGAUUAGCUAACCCAUAGAGGCUGCAUUGUACAAUAUGUUGUUUUUCUGUUUUAUGCAUUAAAUGGACGAGAAAGAGAUCUUGUUAAAAUUAAUGAAUUUAGAAGUUUGGUCUAGAUUGAUUGCUUGGGUGAAUGACAAAGUUUGGAAACAACCAGAGUAUGAGGAAUAGCUUCCGGAUUUGAGAGAGUUCAAGUCUUUGGUUACAAAGAUUGAUGUCUGAAUGCUGUUCCAUCCUUUCGUUAUUAAAAGAUAAGAAGGAUCUCAUGAAAGUAGCUAAUGAGAAGGUGGGAUCAGAUGGAAUACAGUUGUCUUUGAUCACUUUCCAUCUGGAAUCAAGGAUUUAGAGCACUUAGAAAAUAAAUUAUUUGUCAGUUAGAAGCCAAAAUGGCCUGUAGCAAUCCUGCCUGUAUCUCGCAGAGCUGUGCUGUAAGCCCUUAUUUCUAGAGUAAGGGUUGUUGGAGGUGAUCCUAAAAUUUUUAAUUCAGGACUCUAAUACUUGUUGCUAUUAAUUGUUUUUUGAGGAAGAAUAUUUUAUUUUAUUUCUUAAUUUUCUUUAAAGGGGAAAGGAAUGGUGAGUUGAUGUGAAUUAGAGUAUAUAUUUUUGUGUUGACAUUCUGCACACUGAAAUGCAUUGUAUGAAAAUUUUGCUGUAAUUACUUUCAUGCUGUAGUUGUUCUAACUUUCUAUUUAUAAUGAGAAGUGUAUAUUUGAUUUGCUGAUGGUAUUUGUUAUAUCAGAAUAAACUGACAUUUUUUCUGUACUUAUUCACCGCAAAAAUAACAGCUAACAGGUUAAGACACCAUUGUCUUGGACAGACUUGUUCCCAGUUGCAAACUGAAGGAUUUAAGAUAACAUAUAAUGCCUGUCUGAAUCAGCAAUGCAUUGUUGCCUCUUGCACAGCUAAGAAGCAUCUGACUCUGGUUACUAGCUCCUGUUACCCAAGCGCUUGCUUCCACAAUCAAGGAGAUUAUAAUUGUCUUUUAAACAAAAGACUGAAAUAUUUCUAAACAGUAUUUGGUUUAAGAUCUGUGGUUUGCUUUAAAUAUAAACAUAAUAAAGUGAUCCAAUAUGUGCACUGCUACUAGACUU